CUCUUUUUCUUUUACCCAACUAUGUCAACAACCAAGGCUAAAGGAAGAGUUCAAGCUGUUAAGCAACAAUUGUCCCCUGAACAAGAAUAUGCAAAUGCUGUAGAUCCAGUUGCCAGCAUGAAUGAAGAAAGAGCAAAAGCAGCAUUUGAUAUUCGUGAAUUAACGUAUUUAAUGGAUGGAGGUGAAAAGAUAACCCAGUUAAAAGAAAAGAUUAUGCUUGAACUUGAGAGGGACCAAUUGUUUAGAAUGGAUGAUAUUCAUGAUAUAUCAAAGGCUGAAUUACGUGAGCGUACAAUGGAAAAGUUCAGUAGUAUGCUUCACCAUCUCCAGAAUGAGUCUGUCGAGACUUUUAAAAAGCGCAUGGAAAUUGUAAGUCUUGUUGAUCCUGGAUUUUGGACUCGGUUCGGCGUACACUACGGUUUAUUUGUCGGUGCAUUACAAAGCAAUGCUUCUCCAGGUCAAUUAGGUUACUGGUUUGAAAAGGGUGCUCUGUCAUUAUCAAAAUUCGUAGGCUGUUUUGCUAUGACAGAGUUAGGUCAUGGUUCAAAUGUCCCCGGAUUGGAAACAACAGCCACUUUUGACGAAGGUGCAGAUCAGUUUGUUAUUCAUACACCUACUUUGACAGCUACAAAGUGGUGGAUUGGUGGUGCUGCCCAUUCAGCUACUCAUGCUGCAGUUUUUGCUCAAUUAAUUGUGAAAGGCAAGAGAUAUGGUACAAAAUGCUUUGUUGUACCACUAAGAGACCCCAAAACGUACAACACUUUGCCUGGUAUUACCAUUGGUGAUAUUGGUAAAAAGAUGGGAAGGGACGGUAUUGAUAAUGGUUGGAUCCAAUUUACCCAUGUCCGUAUUCCUCGUGGAUAUAUGCUCCAAAAGCACACAAAAGUUUCAAGAACUGGUUUGGUGAAAGAGCCCAAACUUCAACAAUUGACAUACGGUGCAUUAUUGCAAGGACGUGUCGCUAUGGUAGCAGAUAGUGGUCAUUUUUCCAAAAAGGCCCUUACUAUCGGAAUUCGUUACGCGGCUGUUCGUCGUCAAUUUGCUAGCGUGAACAGUAACAUUGAAACUAAACUCUUGGACUAUCCCAUCCAUCAACGUCGGCUUAUGCCCCUAUUAGCACAAACUUAUGCUAUGCUCUUUACUGGUACAGAAAUGACAAACAUGUAUAAUUUAAUGAUGUCCCGUUUAGAAUCUGCUAAAGAAGACGACCCUGAUUUGGAUGAAGUAAUGGAAAUUUUGAAAGAAACUCACUCCACUAGUGCUGGUCUUAAAGCUUUUUGCACUUGGAACUGUCUAAACACUAUUGAAGCCUGUCGUCAAGCUUGUGGUGGCCAUGGGUAUUCUGCCUAUACGGGGUUGGCGCAGAUGUAUCAAGAUUUUGCAGUUCAAUGCACUUGGGAGGGAGAUAAUACUAUCUUAACAUUACAAUUGGGUCGUUAUUUGAUCAGCAGUUAUCGUGAAGCUUUGAAAGGAAAGAAGCUGUCCCCAGGCGUUGGCUAUUUGAACAAUUUGAAAAAUUUGAUCGGCAAAAAAUGUGAAGCCAGGAACUUGGAAGAUCUUUUGUCACCUGAAGUUAUCAUCGAUGGUUGGAACGUUGUUUGCGCAAAUGUCGUACGUAACGCUGCUAAUGAAUUCGAAGCAUGCCUGAAGCAAGGUAUGGAGCCAGAUGAUGCCUACGAGCAUUGCUCUCAGUCACGUUUGUAUGCGGCAAAACUUCACUCUUUCGGCUACUUGGUCAAUAGAUUUGCGGACGGUGUGUCUAAAGUUACAGGCAAUCUUUUUGAUAUCCUUGAGAAACUUUGCCUCCUUUAUGGUCUAUACACAAUUGAAGAAAAUGCUGGCGCUUUCUUACAAUAUGAAUAUUUUACACCAGCUCAAAUUGAGUUUGUUCGCAGCAUUGUGAACAAAUUAUGUAAAGAAGCGAGAGAUCAAGCUAUUCCCUUAGUGGACGCUUUUAAUUUGAGCGAUUACAUUAUUAACAGCCCUUUGGGGCGUAAGGAUGGUAAUGUUUAUGUCCACUACUUUGAUCAAGUCCGUCGGUCAAACCCACAAGGUGAGCAUCCUUAUUUUGACCGACUCAUCAAACCUUUAAUACAUCGUGAUAUGGAAACAGUUGAAUAUGAAGAUGAACAGGCAGGUCUGGAAUCUGAAGAUGAAGAUGAAUAGUUCUCUUAUUUUUGAAAACUAUUGAUGCUAAUUUCCACUCGUAUAUACUUACUAUGCUCCAUAUAAUGUACUUAUACAAAAAAUGUCUGUUUGAAUAUGCCCUUCAAUUGAAGAUCAUUGGUUGAAAUAGAGAAAGGAAAUAAAAUUAUCCGAGAUCAAGG